CCAAAGAGUGAAACUUGAGAGAUUUGUAAGAAAAAAUGGCAACUUUCCCGGUGAUCGACUUAGAGAAGCUUAAUGGCGAGGAGAGGACUGCAACCAUGGAUCAAAUCAAUGAUGCCUGUGAGAAUUGGGGUUUCUUUGAGCUGCUGAACCAUGGGAUCCCCCAUGAUUUCCUGGACACAGUUGAGAGAUUAACAAAAGAGUAUUACAAGAAAUGCAUGGAACACAGGUUUAAGGAAUUGGUUGCAAGCAAGGCCCUUGAAGGUCUCCAGGCCGAGGUUACUGAUAUGGACUGGGAAAGCACCUUCUUCUUGCGCCAUCUCCCUGAAUCAAACAUGGCUGAAAUCCCAGAUCUCGCCGAUGAAUACAGGGAAGUGAUGAAGGAAUUUGCACUGAAACUGGAGAAACUAGCGGAGGAGCUACUGGAUUUGUUGUGUGAGAAUUUGUGGUUGGAGAAAGGGUAUUUAAAGGAGGCAUUCCACGGCACGAGAGGUCCGACAUUCGGGACCAAAGUUAGCAACUACCCGCCGUGCCCGACGCCCGACAAAAUCAAGGGACUCCGAGCUCAUACCGAUGCCGGCGGCAUCAUCUUGCUGUUCCAAGACGCCCAAGUGAGCGGCCUCCAACUUCUUAAAGACGGCAAGUGGGUGGAUGUUCCACCUUUGCGUCACUCCAUUGUCAUCAACCUCGGAGAUCAGCUAGAGGUGAUCACUAAUGGCAAAUACAAGAGCGUGGAGCAUCGGGUGAUCGCCCAAACCAACGGAGCUCGCAUGUCGAUUGCUUCUUUUUACAACCCUGGUGGCGACGCCGUUAUCCACCCAGCACCGGCUCUAGUGGAGAAAGAAGCUGAGGAGAAGAAACAAUUGUACCCCAAAUUUGUGUUUGAAGACUACAUGAAGCUGUAUGCCGGGCUGAAAUUUCAGGCCAAGGAACCCAGAUUUGAAGCCAUGAAAGCCAGGGAAACAACUCUUCCAUCGCAACAGCUUAAAGAAUCUAUCCGUGAAAUAAAAGAAAGGAAGUCGGUGAUUCAGUGGCAUUGGUGUGUGUUUGAUUUCAUUAUUGUAAACACCACCACGAAAGGAAUUAUAAUGAAAUCCAUUAUUAUUUAAUAAAAAGGAUUCUUCAUUUUUCUUUA